AUGAAAGGAUUCCUCACACAAACGCACAAUGAAAAGGUCCAAGAACAACGAGGCAAGCAUCAUAGUGGGAUCGCCAAUAAUGAUACUAAUAAGUGUCUUGAUGAUGAAUUUCACGAUUUUACCAAACUUCUUGCCUCCUCCAUCCGCCCGCCGUCCAGCCUCAAUCUCUUUCGGAUUAUCCUUCAUAGCCACAAGUUGCCUUGCACUAGUAGUGCUCCUUAUGCUGCGGUUGCCAGCUUCCGUAGUUUUCUUUAUGCUGCAGCCAUCGCCGUCUGCUCCCGUAGUUCUCUUUAUGCUGCAUUCGUCGCCUUCUCCAGUAAUGCUCUUUAUGCUGCCACCGCCACCUGCUCGAGUAGUUCUCCUUAUGCUGCAGCCGUCGCCUUCUUCAGUAAUUCUCCUUAUGUGGCAGCCGUCGCCUUCUCCAGUAAUUCUCCUUAUGCUGCAGUCGUCGCCUUCUCCAGUAGUGCUCCUUAUGCUGCCACCGUCGCUUGCUCCAGUAGUUCUCCUUAUGCUGCAACCAUCUCCUUCUCCAGUAGUGCUCCUUAUGCUGCCACUGCCGCCUGCUUCAGUCUUUCUCCUUAUGCUGCAGCUGUCGCCUUCUCCAGUAGUGCUCCUUAUGCUGCCACCGCCGCUUGCUCCAGUAGUUCUCCUUAUGCUGCAACCGUCGCCUUCUCUAGUAGUACUCCUUAUGCUGCCACCGCCGCCUGCUCCAGUCUUUCUCCUUAUGCUGCAGCCAUCGCCUUCUCCAGUAGUGCUCCUUAUGCUGCCGCCGCCGCUUGCUCCAGUAGUUCUCCUUAUGCUGCAGCCGUCGCCUGCUCCAGUAGUUCUCCUUAUGCUGCAGCUGUCGCCUUCUCCUGUAGUGCUCCUUAUGCUGCCGCCGCCGCCUUCUCUCGUAGUUCUCCUUAUGCUGCAGUCGUCGCCUUCUCCGGUAGUUCUCUUUAUGCUGCUGCCGCCAGCUCCAGCUCCAGUAGUUCUCCUUAUGCUGCAGUCGUCGCCUUCUCCAGUAAUGCUCCUUAUGCUGCCACCGUCGGCUACUCCAGUAGUUCUCUUUAUGCUGCAGCCGCCGCUUGCAUCAGUAGCGCUCCUUAUGCUGGAGCCGCCGGCACUAGUAGUUCUCCUUAUGCUGCCGUUUGCACUAGUAGUGCUCCUUAUGCUGUUGUCGUCGCUGCUACUCUGGAUAUGGGGCAAUGCUUCUAA